UAAACAAGCAGUCGCCCAAGAAGAUUUUUCCCUAAUUUUAAGGAGUUUUUCCUGCACGAAUCGGCCUCAAAAAUGGCGACAGGUUGCACGAACAAGGAUUUCGAGACGCGUUACGAGAAGGAAAUGUACUACGAUUUGGAGUACGAGUCAUUUUGUGCGACUUUUGAGUUUGCGAAUGCCGACACUUGUUGGAUUUGCAACGGAUAUUAUGGACCAAACUUUUCAGAGCCGCUGUGUCAAGUUUGCCAUGCUUUUGUUUUUCCCUCGGUGCCCGAAGCGGAAGCGGAGAACAUUGUCACGAAAUAUUCGGAUGACGAGGACAGCGGAAAUGACGAGCCCGAGGAGAACAAAAGUGACAAUCGGGAGCAAUCCGACAACGAAGACGAUGCGGAAGAUGAAUUUGCCGUUGCGCAACGUCCUGAUCCGCCGGCGCCGCGAAAUUUGAAUAUUUUGCUUGAAUUGUUGGCGGAAGAGCCGGAAGUGAAGGAAGUUGUUGACGAGGAUGAGAUGAAAGAUGUUUGUGCGCUGCCUGUCGAAGUGCUUUUGACAAUUUUCUCGCAUUUGGAUGACAUUUCACUUUGCAGUGUCGGGCAAACGUGCAAACAAUGGAAAAAAAUUCUCGAGGUUCACACGACGCAACACAUGUGGAAACGAUAUACGAGAGAAAGAUGGCCUCUUUUUCAACAAAUUUCCACGAUUCCGAAUUGGUUACAUAUGUAUUCCGCUUUAAUGAGUUCCUGUUUUUGUCGCACUUGUUUGAUCCAAAUGGCUCUAAAAGCGCCGCUUCCGCAAGUCAACAACUUUCAUUUUCGCACAAGUCACUUGCGAAAAGACCUAAAAAGCUUGCAUCUCGAUGCUUCGGAGGGAAUUAGUGCGAUGCCAUUGGAUGAGCAACUUUCGCAUUGGCAAGCAACGAUUCUCGGACCUGCUGGUUCGCCAUAUGAAGGCGGAAAAUUCUUCUUGUACAUCAUCAUUCCGGCAAAUUAUCCGAUGAGUGCGCCCAAAGUGAGAUUUCUCACGAAAAUUAUUCAUCCGAAUGUUUCGCGGCACGGCGAUAUUGGUAUCGACAUUAUCAAUCAUAAUUGGCUGUUGUCGCUUGGCAUCUCAAAGUUACUGUUAUCGGUGCAAAGUUUACUUACGGAUCCGUUUACGCAAAUUUGCAUGGAGCCGGCGUUAGGAACGAUGUACGAAGAAGAACGCCCGAAAUUUGAAGCACUGGCGAGAAGUUGGACAUGGAAAUAUGCGAUGUACGAAGUUUUGCCGCCAAUUGAUGGGUAUUUGUCUUUCUGUUGAAGAAACAAAAAUUAAUGUUAAGAAUAAGAAAACAGUCAGUCAAUGAAAAAAAAAAUAAAUAAUUAAUUAAAUUAACGAUAAACAGGGAUCUAAACUCUCGAAUUUAAUGAAAAAUGAAGAAAAUUACGAAAAAUAUUACAAAAAAUUUGAAAAAUUUAAUUUAUUUUUUGCUCAUUUGUUUAAAAAAGUUCUUUUUGAAAAUUGAAUUAAACAAAAUUUUGAAAAAAACACGCCAUAUUAUGAUAAAAUCAAUAAAAAAAUAAUAUAAAAAAAUAUAUAAAUUAAUGUAUGCCAAAAUAAAUUUUGAAUGUGAA